UGGCGCGUAGUCGGGCACCCGACUCCAUUGUCCUCGUCCCUUCCCGGGGAGCCAGCCUUGCCGGGCCCCCAUUCAAGAUGGUGGCCGGGGCCGCCGCCGCGCUCCCUCGUGGCGUGGGUGGCCCAGCGGGUCCCUUCCCCUCCCCCCGAGGCCUCGGCCACCGGAGGCGGCGCCAUGGGAGGGCGGGGCCGCCCGUCGCGGCCCCGCAGGGUGGAGGACGAGAUGGCGCCCGCCCGGGCCCGUUCCAAGCGUCCCCCGAAUGGCUGCCUCGGUGCGCGGCCGGCGGUGUCCCUACCGAAGGGCGUCCUCCUGGGACGCGCGGGGCGGCGCGAAGACCGAGGCCGGGCAAGCGCUGCCGUUUAACUGCGCACGCUCCAGCCUUCCCGGUUGUGGGUUUUUUCUGGCAUUGAGCCAUUUGUACCCUUGCACCCUCUGCACCUCCUCCCUCUCCUGCACCCCUGCGUUUCCUGCACCUCUCCAUCUCCUGCAUCCCUCUACCUCCCGCAUCCCCUGCACCCUCUGCACCUCCUCUCCUGUACCCCUGCAUUUCCUGCACCCCGGCACCUCCCGUUCUGGCGGUAGGCCUCCCCGCCCACCUUCCCUCCCGCUCCAGCUUCCCUGGGUCUGGGGCUGGGAUCGCGGGUGUGCACCGCCGGGACGUGCGCCCAGGUGAUUCUGGACGGGUGACCACAGCCACAUGAUGUUCACAAUUGCAACUCUUCUGUCAGAACACUGGUGUCUUUCUCUUCUGUUCCUCGAACGCCUCUUUCCCCUUUCUCACCUGCUCUGGGACCACUCACCCCAAGACCUCCCUCUCCCCGUGCCGGCCCAGUUAUGGCAGAGAAUGACGUCGACAACGAGCUCUUAGACUACGAAGAUGAUGAAGUGGAGACAGCGGCUGGGGGAGAUGGCACUGAAGCGCCUGCCAAGAAAGACGUCAAGGGCUCCUACGUCUCCAUCCACAGCUCCGGCUUCCGAGACUUCCUGCUCAAGCCAGAGCUGCUCCGGGCCAUUGUAGACUGUGGCUUUGAGCAUCCAUCAGAAGUCCAGCACGAAUGCAUCCCUCAGGCCAUUUUGGGGAUGGAUGUCCUGUGCCAGGCUAAGUCGGGCAUGGGGAAGACAGCAGUGUUUGUCCUGGCCACACUGCAGCAGCUGGAGCCAAUUACUGGGCAGGUGUCUGUGCUGGUGAUGUGUCACACUAGGGAGCUGGCCUUUCAGAUCAGCAAGGAGUACGAGCGCUUCUCAAAGUACAUGCCGAACGUCAAGGUGGCAGUGUUUUUUGGCGGUCUGUCUAUCAAGAAGGAUGAAGAGGUGCUGAAGAAGAACUGCCCACACAUCGUCGUGGGGACUCCCGGCCGAAUUCUAGCCCUGGCUCGAAAUAAGAGCCUGAACCUCAAGCACAUUAAACACUUUAUCUUGGACGAGUGUGACAAGAUGCUUGAACAGCUCGACAUGCGUCGGGAUGUCCAGGAAAUCUUUCGCAUGACCCCCCAUGAGAAGCAGGUCAUGAUGUUCAGUGCCACCUUGAGCAAAGAGAUCCGGCCAGUCUGCCGCAAGUUCAUGCAAGAUCCUAUGGAGAUCUUCGUGGAUGACGAGACCAAGUUGACGCUGCACGGGUUGCAGCAAUACUACGUGAAAUUGAAGGACAAUGAGAAGAACCGGAAGCUUUUUGACCUUCUCGAUGUCCUCGAGUUCAACCAGGUGGUGAUCUUUGUGAAGUCCGUGCAGCGCUGCAUUGCCCUGGCCCAGCUUCUAGUGGAACAGAACUUCCCAGCCAUUGCGAUCCACCGUGGGAUGCCCCAGGAGGAGAGGCUCUCUCGGUAUCAGCAGUUCAAGGAUUUCCAGCGGCGGAUUCUUGUGGCUACCAACCUGUUUGGCCGAGGCAUGGACAUUGAACGUGUGAACAUCGCCUUCAACUAUGACAUGCCAGAGGACUCGGACACCUACCUGCACCGGGUGGCCAGGGCAGGCCGGUUUGGCACCAAGGGCUUGGCUAUCACAUUUGUGUCAGAUGAGAAUGAUGCUAAGAUCCUCAAUGACGUGCAGGACCGCUUUGAGGUGAACAUCAGUGAACUACCUGAUGAGAUUGACAUCUCCUCCUAUAUUGAACAGACGCGGUAGAGGAAUCACCCAGUCUGGAGUGUGGCCGUCUCUUGAGUUAGAAGAGGACACCAGGGAUCAGGGUGGAGACACCACUGUCCCCUGCCCCUGCCAGCCUCACCCUAUCCUGCCCAUGCUUCCCUCUGUCACCACCACUCCUGAACCUGUUCCUGAUUUAUCAGAGUUGUUGUUUGUUUGUUUUUUUUUUUUAACAAAACUAAGUAU